GCAAAAGGGCAAGUCUUCUGCUUCCGGCUCAAUCGACUUCAAACCUCAUGGAAAGACUUCUGUUUUGACCCCCACUCCGACAACACCAAAAGGUCCUACGGCGCCCCAACCCACCCUUGCCGAUCAAGUGAUGUUCUUCAGAGAUGUCACCCUUGGUCCACAUGAAGCUUCUUUGAGGUUUCGCUUGAUUCAUUUAUGGGAGGCUAUUAAUCCAAAAUCGAAAACGCUCAUUGGACAAGAGAUGAUCCUUAUCGAUGAAGAGGGGACAGUCAUCAAAGGCUUUGUACCAGCCGGACGGGUUGGUACAUAUGAUCUGGUCGUCGGCUCAGUUUACAAACUGAAAAGAUUCUUUGGAUCCAGGAACAAAGACCUGUACCGGGUUGUUGAUCAUGAAGCCACUGUGUCAUUCUCCUGGAACUCUCAGUUAUCGGUUCUUCAAAACCAUCCUGUUCCCGUUGAGGAGGAUCGGAUCAGGCUACGUAGUGUUGAGGAAUUUCAGGCGAACUGUGAUGCCAAGGGAGACCUCUAUGAUUACCUUGGCCACAUGAAGCUUGUGAAUGACCAGAUUAUCACUGAGCAUACUGUCCUUGACGAAGUUGAUAUCAUGGAAAAGCGGCAUCUGUGUGUUCAUGUACAAACACAUGAUGAUCCAGUGGUGAAGCUCUAUCUAUGGGACAAGGCUGCAUUUGAUUUCUGCCAGAAGUUUAACUCCUCCGGAAUCAAACCAAGUGUCCUUCUGGUCACUACUCUCAACCCUAAACGGAUUGGAGGCACCCUUUGUCUCACCUCUAUGGCGUCAUCUCGAGUAUUUAUGGACUCAGAUGUCGGUCUCACCAGAGACUAUCUAGGAUGGUUGAGUUCUAAUGGUGAUAUUGCCAAUAAGAUUGAUGCUCAUGUUGUGACUAAGCCUGAGCCGUUAAGCCUAGAGGAAAUUUUCGCCUACAUUAAGCAAGAAUCAGCUAAGGUGGCUUGGUUUGAAUGCACAGCUACUAUAGACGAUGUAAUCCAGGGAACAUCUUGGUAUUACAUCUCAUGUGAUGCGUGUAACAGUAAGGCCGUCAAAGGACCUAUUUCUUUGUUUUGUAACAAUAACAAGUGUGAGAAGAGGCAAGUCCCAGGCGUCCCUCAAUAUCUCACCAAGAUUUCUGUUUACGACAAGAGUGAGCAAGCAGUUUUCGUCGUGCUUGGGGAUGCUGGCAAGGUGUUAACAGGGAAGCCUGCAUCCGAAUUAGUGGCCUGCUAUUUUGAGGCUAAUGAGGGCGCUGGGGCUGAUCAUUGCGUCCCAGUACCUCGAGCAUUUCUUGAUGCAAUAGGGAAGACUUUUAAGUUCAUUGUCAAGAUCUCCGACCACAAUUUAACAGGGAAGAUUCAGUCCUUGACUGUCACCAAGAUACUACCAGCUGAUGCUCCCACUGCUGGCUUAGAAGAUGAUGGUAUUGCAGAAACCGCUGUUGCUGAUUUGGAGGCUGGAAGUGGUGUAGCUGGUUCUUCACCAAGCGUUGAAGGUUCUGCAGGUGACAAGAUCAGAAAAGCUUCUGAUGACCUUGAAACAGAUGAACCAAAGCGCACCAAGAGUGGCUAAUCCAGCUUGGACCUAACCUUCUAUGCAAUGCAUGUCGUUGUUGCAUUUUAUUUUAUGCUUUUCUGUUUUGGUUGAGACUUUUGACUCUUUUUCUAUUUAUAGACUUUUUGGAUCCACAGACAACUUAUGUUUGGUUGAGAAGUUUUGAAUUUUGGGUGUUUUCAUGCUCUAUGUUCGUUUAUUUAAAACUCCUAUCUUCCUCUGUUCUUGAUAUCAAUUUUUUGUGUAUUGAAACAGUCGUGACAUGUUCUCAUUGGUUUGUUAUUAUGCAUCUCCUACGUACUA